AUGUAUGGGGUCACUCACCAGAAAAAAAUUAGUCUCUAAAUAAGAAGAAAGAGGUUAUGUUGUUGUUUACAGCUUACAUAUUUUUCACUUAUUUAUUUCAUUUGUAGUUCUAAUGUAUUUUAAUCAUUAAUUAAAAAAUAUGUUUUCCAUUUGCCGACAAAGUCAUCCAGCUACUGGAGUGGAACACGCAAUAUCCUGCUAUUUUUUUAAUAAAGUUGAAAAAUGUUUGGUAACAGCGGGAACGAAUAUACUAAAAGUUUAUAGACUGGUUCCAGAUGUGGACGCACGAUCCAGAUCAGAAAGAUAUUCUGAAUUUCAUCCGCCAAAAUCAAAAUUAGAAUGUAUGGCACAAUACACUCUAUUUGGAAAUAUUAUGUCUAUACAAAAUGUGUCUCUAGCGAGUUUUCAAAGAGAUGCACUUCUACUUGGUUUUUCGGAUGCAAAAUUAUCUGUCGUGGAAUAUGAUCCUGAAAAUCAUGAUUUGAGAACUUUAAGCUUACAUUAUUUUGAAGAGGAAGAUAUGAAAGAUGGUUGGACACACCAUCAUCAUGUUCCAUUAAUAAGAGUAGAUCCUGAAAAUAGAUGUGCUGUAAUGACUGUAUUUGGUAGAAAAUUAGUAGUCUUACCAUUCCGGCGUGAAACUUCCAUAGAUGAUAAUGAUGGAGAUGUUAAACCAAUGUCUUCUAACUCUAGUGUUGCCAAAGCACCAAUAUUAGCUUCUUAUAUGAUUGUAUUGAAAGAUUUCAUUGAAAAAAUUGAUAAUAUAAUUGAUAUACAAUUUCUUCACGGUUAUUAUGAGCCUACAUUACUGAUUUUAUACGAGCCUUUGAAAACUUUCUCUGGGCGAGUUGCUGUAAGAUCAGAUACUUGUGCAAUGUCUGCAAUUUCUUUAAACUUGCAGCAAAGGGUUCACCCCAUUAUAUGGAGUGUUGCUAAUUUACCAUUUGAUUGUGUCAAGGCUGUUCCCAUUAAAAGACCCAUUGGUGGAACCCUCAUUCUAGCUGUUAAUUCACUGAUAUAUUUGAAUCAGAGUAUUCCACCAUAUGGUGUAUCACUCAAUAGCAUAGCAGAAACAUCUUCAAAUUUCCCUCUAAAACCACAAGAAGAUUUGAAAAUAACAUUAGACUGUGUUCAAGUUGCUUUUUUGGAAGAAGACACUUUGGUUUUAUCUUUAAAAGGAGGGGAAUUAUAUGUUUUAACUCUUUUAGCUGAUAGUAUGAGAUAUAUUAGAAGCUUUCAUUUUGAAAAAGCUGCUGCCAGUGUCCUUACUACAUGUAUAUCUGUAUGUGAGAAUAAUUUUCUAUUCUUGGGCUCUCGAUUGGGCAAUUCUCUGUUAUUGAGAUUCACAGAACAGGCGAAUGAAGUAAUAACUUUAGAUGAUAAUGACGAACCGAGAGCAAAAAGAAAUCGUAAUGAGAGAGCUGACAAAAUGUUGGAUACUCUCACAGAUUGUAUGGCUAGUGAUGUUUUGGACAUCCGAGACCCUGAAGAGUUGGAAGUAUAUGGCACUCAAAAACAAGCUGGUAUCCAAAUAACGAGUUAUGUGUUUGAAGUAUGUGAUAGUUUACUAAAUAUAGGCCCUUGUGGAAAUAUUUCUAUUGGAGAACCAGCAUUUUUAAGUGAAGAAUUUAAUAAUAAUGUGGAUAUGAAUAUAGAGUUGGUAACUACAGCCGGAUAUGGAAAAAAUGGUGCACUCUGCGUAUUACAAAAAAACAUUCGGCCUCAGAUUGUCACUACUUUUACCUUACCGGGAUGUUCCAAUAUGUGGACAGUUAAAAGUGGCGACGAUCAGCAUGCAUUUUUAAUUUUGAGUCAAGAAGAUGGUACUAUGAUACUGCAAACAGGUCAAGAAAUUAACGAAAUUGAUAAUACUGGCUUUGCAACUAAUGGACCUACAGUAUACACUGGUAAUUUGGGGAAUAAUAAAUACAUAGUACAAGUCACUACAGUAUCUGUAAGGUUGUUACAAGGUGCUAAUCAGUUACAACAUGUACCUAUGGAUCUUGGUUCGCCUAUUGUACAUGUUUCUAGUGCCGACCCGUAUAUUUCACUAAUGACAGCUGAUGGACAAGUUAUUACCUUGAUGUUAAGGGAAACUAAAGGUACUGCGAAGCUGGUGGUUAGUAAAUCAACACUAUCAAACAAUCCUCCUGUAUCUACAAUAUGUAUGUACAAGGAUACAUCCGGGUUAUUCACAAGCAAAAUACCUGAAGAAUUUACUCAUAUACCAGCCCAUGUUAUUAAAGAACAUGAAACAAAACCAGAAGUGGAGAAUGAAGAUGAUCUGCUUUAUGGUGAAGGUGAUUUCAAGAUGCCUUCUUUAAGUGCUCCAGCUCCUAAACAGAAAGUAUACCAUAAUUGGUGGAAGAAAUAUUUAACACCAAAUAAAUCUACGUAUUGGUUAUUUGUUGUUAGAGAUAAUUCUAAUUUAGAAAUAUAUUCCAUACCAGACUUUAAGCUUAGUUUCUUUGUUACGAAUCUUUGCUUUGGGUAUAAGGUGUUGGUAGAUAGUUUGGAAUCAGUUAAUGCAUUCAGUACUCCAUCACCAAAUGAUAAUCAGUUCCAAGAACGGUAUCCUGUUAAAGAAUUAUUGAUGUUAGGCUUGGGAAACAAUGGUAUGAAACCAUUGUUAUUGAUUCGACUCCAGCGAGAUUUGUAUAUAUAUGAAGUAUAUAGAUUUCAUAGGGGAAAUCUUAAGCUGAGGUUCAAAAAAUUGAAACACAGCAUAUUUUACAGUCCCAACGUAGAUACUACAAUUGAAACUGAGAAUUCUGAUUAUUUCACUCUACAAGAAAAAAUUAUUAGAUUAAGAUAUUUUGAUAACAUUGCUGGUUAUAAUGGGGUCUUUAUCUGUGGUUCCAACCCUUAUUGGUUAUUCAUUACUGGAAGAGGUGAGUUAAGAACUCAUCCCAUGGUAAUUGAUGGAGAAAUUUUUAGUUUCGCUCCAUUUAAUAAUGUUAAUUGCCCCCAAGGUUUUCUAUAUUUCAACAAGAAGUCAGAGCUUAGAAUUGGAGUUUUACCAACCCAUUUGAGCUACGAUUCUCCAUGGCCAGUGAGAAAAGUACCCCUAAGGUGUACCCCUCAUUUUAUAUCAUAUCAUUUGGAAUCUAAGACUUAUUGUUUAGUAACAAGUGUUUCAGAACCUUCUAAUCAGUAUUAUAAGUUUAAUGGUGAAGAUAAGGAACUUUCUGUAGAAGAUAAAGGAGACAGGUUUCCGUAUCCAGCUCAGGAGCUAUUUAGCAUAUGCCUUUUUUCUCCAGUUUCCUGGGAUAUCAUUCCAAAUACAAAAUUAGAUCUAGAUGAAUGGGAACAUGUGAAUUGUUUGAAAAAUGUUGCUUUAGCUUACGAAGGUACCAGAUCCGGUCUUAAAGGAUACAUUGCAGUUGGAACAAAUUAUAAUUAUGGAGAAGAUAUUACAUCUAGAGGAAGGAUUCUAAUUUAUGAUAUUAUCGAAGUAGUACCAGAACCAGGUCAGCCAUUAACCAAAAAUAAAUUUAAGGAAAUUUAUGCUAAGGACCAAAAAGGACCUGUAACGGCUCUAUCUCAAGUAAAAGGUUUCCUUGUUUCAGCAGUGGGGCAGAAGAUAUACAUUUGGCAAUUAAAAGAUAACGAUUUAAUUGGAGUAGCUUUCAUUGAUACCCAAGUUUAUACACACCAGAUACUUACCAUAAAAAGUCUGCUUUUAGUUGGCGAUGUUUACAAAUCAAUAUCGUUACUACGUUUCCAAGAAGAAUAUAGAACUUUGUCUCUAGUAUCUAGGGAUUUUAAGCCUUCUGAAGUAUAUGCCAUAGAGUACAUGAUAGAUAAUUCAAGUUUAGGAUUCCUAGUUUCAGAUAGAGAAAAAAAUUUAGUAAUGUAUAUGUACCAACCAGAAGCAAGGGAAUCCUUAGGAGGUCAAAGGUUAUUGAGAAAAGCUGAUUUUCACCUAGGACAAGCAGUUAAUACAUUCUUUAAAAUUAGGUGCAAGUUAGGUGAAUUAGGAGAAGACAAAAAACAUUUUUCUGGAGCUGAUCGAAGGUUCAUUACAAUGUUUGCUACUUUGGAUGGUGGUUUGGGAUAUAUAAUGCCGGUACCAGAGAAAACGUAUCGUAGACUUCUCAUGUUACAGAAUGUACUGGUAUCUCAAGGAGCUCAUAUUGCUGGUUUAAACCCUAAAGCUUUCAGGACUUACAAAAGUUGGAGGAAACUGCAAUAUAAUCCUGCAAGAUCUGUAAUUGAUGGAGAUUUAGUCUGGAAUUUCCUUAAUUUGUCAAUUACUGAAAAAUUAGAGGUGUCUAAAAAGAUCGGUACUAAAGUCGAGGAAUUAGUGGAAGACCUUACGGAUAUACAUAAACUUACAAAUCAUUUUUAAUUUGUAGAAUUUGUACAUUACAUAUUUGAAGUUA